CAUAACUUACUGCAAGGGCAGACUGCGUGGACGUGCUUUCUGUCAGUGCGCUAUUAAAGGGAAAAAGAAAGAAAAAAGUCUACAAGCUGUACAAAACUGGAGUUUCCAGCGAGACUCAGCUGAGUUCAUUCGCAGGAUACCUUUGUGUAAGCCAAGGGCUUAUCUGUGUUCCAUCUACUGUAUUUGGAAAGGGUCGCUGCUAGAUAUGAACAGUAAAGGGACUGCAGGGGAAGACGCGCUGCUUCUACUGUACGCCUAGUCUUUGGGAUUGGAAAGGCACGGCACCCGAUUUCUUCUUACUGGAUGUUUGAUGAAGCACGUUUGUUCUUAUUUUCUAACUCUGGAAACCGUGGAUUUACAAGGAGCCACUGGGGUUGUUUGGGGUUCUUUAUUUCCCACCAAAUCCUUUUCCACCAAAGGGAAUUUAACGCUUUUCAAAAACAAAUAUAGCGCAACAUCAUGGAGACUGUAACUCGACCAAGCUUUCAACCUCACCCAGGACUGCAAAAGACUCUCAGCCAGUUUCAUCUGAGUUCCAUGAGCUCCCUCGGCGGUCCGGCCGCGUUCUCGGCUAGAUGGGCGCAGGAGAUGUUGUAUAAAAAAGAUGGCAAAGAUCCAGAACCGGUCCUUCACAUACCCAUCCAGCCUCCUCCUGUGAUGCCGGGGCCCCUCUUCAUCCCGUCAGACCGGUCCACUGAAAGGUGCGAGACUGUCCUGGAGAGCGAGACCAUCUCGUGUUUUGUAGUCGGCGGGGAGAAGCGGUUGUGUUUGCCCCAGAUCCUCAACACCGUCUUGCGAGAUUUCUCCCUGCAGCAAAUCAACUCCGUCUGUGACGACCUACACAUCUAUUGCUCCAGGUGCACGGCGGACCAGCUGGAGAUCCUUAAAGUCAUGGGGAUUUUGCCCUUCUCUGCACCAUCUUGCGGCCUCAUCACCAAAACGGACGCCGAGCGGCUCUGCAAUGCCCUCAUCUACGGGGGUACCUACCCGCCCCACUGCAAAAAGGAGUUCUCGGGAACUUUGGAGUUGGAACUGACGGAGAAGAGCUUCAAGAUAUACCACGAGUGCUUCGGCAAGUGUAAAGGGCUCUUCGUUCCGGAGCUGUACACGAGUUCCAACGCAGCCUGCAUCCAGUGCAUGGACUGCAGACUCAUGUACCCGGCUCACAAGUUCGUGGUCCACAGUCACAAAGCCUUGGAAAACAGGACUUGCCACUGGGGUUUUGACUCUGCCAACUGGAGGGCUUACAUCCUCCUCAGCCAGGAUUACACGGGAAAAGAGGAGAAGGGGCGCCUGGAGCAACUUUUGGAUGAAAUGAAAGAGAAGUUUGACUUCGCUAACAAGUACAAGAGGAAAGCGCCAAGGACCUCAGAUCCGAUCCCAGCAAAGAAGUCUAAACAUGAAGAUCCUUUCUCCCAGUCUACAACAACAGACAAGGAGAAGCAACCUGAUUGGCUACGGUCUCUCGCCUCCUCAGCCAAUAAGCAGGCCAUCGGCUGUAUCCACCCUCGGCAGCGGCCCUCAGCUUUCCGACCCUGGUCUCCUGCAGUUUCAGCCAGUGAGAAAGAGACCGCUACACAUCUACCAGCUGCGGUUCGAGACAGCUUAUACAACUACAAAAGCUUAGAAAACUCUGUGGCUCCCAAUGUGGCCCUGACGCCCUUGCCCCAUCAGAAGGUGGAACAGCAUUCCCCGUCCACGCUGAGCGCCUCCCGGGGCAACAGCAGCGAGGCCCCAAGCGACGCCGGCUGCAGCAGGCCACGCAAACGUCAGCUCACCGGCGAACCCCAGCCCGCCUCGGAGCUCCCCAGCACAGCCGUCUCCGCCAGCACUGCCCCCCAGGAGGACAAAGACUCGGAGGGCGAGAUCGAGGUGGAGAGCCGAGAAGAGUUCGCAUCGUCCCUGUCCUCCCUCUCCUCCCCUUCCUUCACCUCCUCGAGUUCAUCAGCCAAGGACCUGAGCUCACCGGGGACCCACGCUCCGCUGUUGGUGGGGGGUAUCAUUGACGGGCCCACCGUCCUCGGUGAGGUGCCCUGCGCAGGGCUGGAGACUGAGCUGGAGUCCCUGAGGCAGGCCCUGGACAGUGGGCUCGACUCCAAAGAGGCCAAGGAGAAGUUCCUGCAUGAGAUCGUCAAGAUGAGGGUGAAGCAGGAGGAGAAGCUGGGAUCAGCCCUGCAGGCCAAACGCAGCCUUCAGCAGGAAUUGGAGUUUCUGAGGGUGGCGAAAAAGGAAAAGCUGAGAGAAGCGACAGAGGCCAAGCGCAACCUGAGGAAAGAGAUUGAGCGCCUGCGCGCGGAGAACGAGAAGAAGAUCAAGGAGGCGAACGAGUCGCGGAUACGACUGAAGAGGGAGCUGGAGCAGGCCAGGCAGCUGCGAGUGUGCGACAAGGGCUGCGAAGCAGGGAGGCUGAGGGUCAAAUACUCUGCACAGAUCGAAGACCUGCAGGUGAAGCUGCAGCACGCAGAGGCGGACCGGGAGCAGCUGCGAGCGGACUUGCUGCUCGAGCGAGAGGCGCGGGAGCACUUGGAAAAAGUCGUCAAGGAGCUGCAGGAGCAGCUGUGGCCCAAGUCAGGCAGCACCAGCAUGGCAGCGAAGGACUGAAAACUAAGAGCGAGAGAGAAACCCA